CGCGUGGCCAGCAGGGGGCAGAAGGCCUCUCCACCCCACCUUCCUUUCCCUUCCUCCCUCCGGCAGGGAAGCAAACCCAGCCCCACGGAGAUGCGUGUCCCUCCCUCUCUCCUUCCCUCCUUUCGCAUCCCAAUUUGCAGCCAGCCUGCCAGCCAGCCAGCCAGCCGGGCAGAGUGGAUGCAAAGGAGGAGGUAUUCCCCCCGCUGCACCUGAAAGAGGCUGCUGGUGCUGCUGGUGGUGGUGCCCACAAACUUGGCGGGGAAGGAGGCGAGGGAGAGCGAGCUGGGCGUGGAAUCGCUCCGAGGCUGGAGGAAGGAGGGCAGGAGAGGCGCGGGGAGGGCCUGGCUGCGUGGCCGAGCGAGCCGGCGACCUAGGCGCCCACUCCCCGCUCCGCUCCGCUCGCUUCUCCCCCCGAUCCCCGCCCCCUGGAGCUGCCCAAGGAGGCGCAGAGGCGAGCCGAAACCGCGCUCCCCCGCCUCUCCUGCCUGCUUGCCUGAGAGCCGGGCGGGCGGGCGGCUGUCCCCGGGAGGGCUGCCUUGGUCCGGGCUCGGAGGGGCACCUUGCCUGGCACGGGCUCCCGGGCGGAGGCGGCGCCGGCUUCCCUUGCCUUGCCUCCCCUUCUCCUCUCCCCCCGCCCCUCUCCUUCCUCACCCCGCCCUGACCUUCUUAUCCUCCCUCCUUGGGCUUCAGCGCCAAGAACCAAGCGGGAAGGGAGGGAGGGAGGAGGAUCGCAGGGGAUCCCGGAGACACCUGCGAGGAAUGAAUUAGAAGAGGAGAGGCGGCGGCAGGCAGCGCGCUUUCUCCAGUGGAGACUGUGUUCCCUCUCCUUCUCCCCCCGUUUUGGGUUGGCGCUCUUCUCCAAAAAAGGACGAGAGAGAGAGAGAGAGGAGGAGAUCCACUCCAAAGGGAAACCCAUUGGAGAGAAUCCUAACGGACCCCCUGCCUGCCUUUGUUGAAUGAGAAGACCCGCGCCAGCCCGACAUGAGCAGCACCAGCAUGCUGACGUAAUUGUAAAAGCUGUGGAUUUCUCACAAGAGGACACUGAAGACCAUGAAUUGGUCAUUGGUUCCUUUUCAACAAAACCCGUACAACUCCGGAGGUCGUCCCACCAUAAUCCAGUGUUAUCGCUGUGGAGAUACCUGCAAAGGGGAGGUGGUACGUGUCCAGAGCAAUCACUUCCACAUUAGAUGCUUCACCUGCCAAGUGUGUGGCUGUGACUUAGCUCAGUCUGGCUUCUUCUUUAAAAAUGGGGAAUAUAUUUGUACCCAUGACUAUCAACAGCUCUAUGGCACCCGCUGUGACAGCUGCCAAGAUUUCAUCACUGGAGAGGUUAUCUCUGCCUUGGGCCGAACCUACCACCCCAAGUGUUUUGUGUGCAGCAUGUGCAGGAAGCCAUUUCCUAUUGGAGACAAAGUUACAUUCAGUGGGAAGGACUGUGUUUGCCAAACAUGUUCCCAUUCACUAAUCAGCAACAAACCCAUCAAGAUUCAUGGACCAAGCCAAUGUGCAGGUUGCAAGGAGGAGAUCAAGCAAGGGCAAUCCCUCCUGGCUUUAGAGAAACAGUGGCAUGUCAGCUGCUUCAAGUGCCAAACCUGUGGAGUCGUCCUGACUGGAGAAUACAUUAGCAAGGAUGGCAUUCCAUACUGUGAGUCUGACUAUCAUGCCCAAUUUGGCAUUAAAUGUGAGACCUGCAACCGGUAUAUCAGCGGCCGGGUUCUGGAGGCAGGAGGAAAGCAUUACCACCCCACUUGUGCCAGAUGUGUGCGUUGCCACCAGAUGUUCACGGAAGGAGAAGAGAUGUACCUCACAGGGUCAGAAGUAUGGCAUCCCAUAUGCAAACAAGCAGCAAGAGCAGAAAAAAAACUAAAGCACAGAAGAACGUCAGAAACUUCCAUAUCCCCACCUGGCUCCAGCAUUGGCUCCCCCAACCGAGUCAUUUGUGCUAAAGUGGAUAAUCAGAUCCUUAAUUACAAAGACCUGGCUGCUCUUCCCAAGAUUAAAGCCAUCUACGAGGUGCAGCGCCCUGACCUCAUUUCCUAUGAGCCCUAUCACAGAUAUACGUCGGACGAGACAUUGGAGAGAUAUAGCUAUGGGGAGUCUCUGGGAACGUUGUCUCCAUAUUCUCAGGACAUUUAUGAAAGCAUGGACCUCCGGCAAAGGAGAGCCUCCAGCCCAGGCUACAUUGACUCACCCACCUUUAGCCGUCAAGGCAUGUCCCCCACCAUCCCGCGCUCUCCACAUCAUUAUUACCGCUCAGGGACAGAGAGCGGGCGCAGCUCCCCCUACUAUAGCCAGUUAGAUGUGAGGUCUUCUACACCAACCUCAUACCAAGCUCCUAAGCAUUUCCACAUUCCAGCAGCUGCAGAGAGUAACAUCUACCGGAAACCUCCCAUCUAUAAAAGACACGAUACUCACCCUGCAGCUACGAAAAGCAAAACCAGUGAGGAUAUUGCCCAGACCUCCAAAUAUAGCCCAGCCUAUUCUCCAGAUCCAUAUUACCAUUCUGAGACCGAGUACUGGACUUUCCAAGGAUCACCAAAAGCACCACGAGUACGGAGAUUCUCAUCAGGAGGAGAAGAAGAUGGGUUUGAUCGAGGGAUGCAUAAAAUCCACACUGGGAUUGGCAGAUUGAUACUGAAGGAAGAAAUGAAGGCCCGAUCCAAUUCCUAUGCCGACCCUUGGACGCCACCCCGCAGCUCAGCUGGCAGUCGAGAAGCACUGCAUACAGCCGGCUAUGAAAGCUCCUUAAAUGGUUCACCGCGGACACAUUACCUGGCAGACAGCGAUCCCCUCAUUUCGAAAUCUGCCUCUCUUCCUGCCUACAGACGGAAUGGACUGCACAGGCCUCCCAGCGCUGAGCUUUUCCACUAUGACAGCACAAAUGCUGUCAACUGGGGGAUGAGAGAAUACAAGGUAAUACUUUCCCAGGAAACUGUAGMAUUCUAAAGCUUUGGGUCCUUUCUCUCUGGAAAGUAAGAAGCUACUACUUAAGCUGCUCUGGAAUUCUGAAUGCCGAUCCACAGAAGCCAUAUUGAACGUGUUGAAAAGAAAACAUCAAUCUUGCCUCCAUGCUAGCCAUACUACUUUUGAGAGCUCCUAUUUUGAUAGAGAGUUUCUCAAUGGUCCUAUCCUCUACCUUUAUAUAUGUAUAUGUCUAAGUAUAAUCUGGAAACAUGUGUGUUUAAAGUUAUUACAUUUCUGCAACCAGAAUUUUCAUUCUAUGGGUUAUAUACUGUAUUUGCCAUGUGAAAUUUGUCACUUUGGGGAAAAUAAAUGGUCAGUAAUUGAAUGCAUUUGAAGAACUCAUGAGUAAAAGAAGACUAAGAAGAAAGAGGUGAAGGAGGGACAAAUAUGUCUUUUGCCAUCUACUGCUCCUAGGCUCAUAUUUUCUGGAAGCUCCUCUACUCUGCUAGGAGUUCUUCCUCCUGCCAAAUAGAAAGAGCAAUUGUUCUUUCCUGUUGGUGUGAAACAUUUGUCUCACCUGGAUUCUAAGGCCAGAAUUUUCUUGGGCCCCAUCCACACAACUGAAUAAAAGCCCACAUUUUCUGCUUUGAACUGGGAUAUAUGGCAGUGUGGACUCAGAUAACCCAGUUCAAAGCAGAUAUUGUGGGUUAUAUUGCCUUGAUAUAUUAUAUUGGUCUCUCCUGUCAAUAGCUAUUAGUCCCUGGUUCUUUCAGGCAUUUAUUGACCUAGAGAUUUCUAUAAUCACAAAACAGUUCUGGUUCCUGAUUAGAUAUUACAGAAUGGCACUCAGCAUCCAGAGGGACAUGAAAGGACAGGAGAUGUCGGUUUCAUACUGGAGAACUGGCAACUACAUAGGAUGCUGACUUAACACUAACUGGAGCCCCCAGUGACUCAAUGGGUUAAACCAGGCAUCCCCAAACUGUGGCCCUCCAGCCGUUUGGGCCUCCAGCUCCCAGAAGCCCUAAUGAGCUUGUUCAAUUGUCAGGAGUUCUGGGAGUUGAAGGCCCAAACACCUGGAGGGCCGCAGUUUGAGGAUGCCGACAGGACUAUUGACCAACAGGUCAGUGGUUCAAAUCUGGGGAGAGCAGGUUGAGCUCCCUCUAUCAGCUCCAGCUCCCCAUGCGGCGACAUGCAAAAGCCUCCUACAAGGAUGGUAAAACAUCAAACAUCUGGGCAUCCCCUGUGCAACAUCCUUGCAAACAACCAAUUCUCUCACACCAGAAGCAACUUGCAAUUUCUCAAGUUGUUCCUGCCACAGGGAAAAUAAACACCAACUCAAGAGCCUUUCUAUAUUGAUCGCUAAUGUAGGGACAACAUAUUGGUAGCUGCCCAGUGGCACCAAACUCUGUUCUGCACAGUUGGGCAGAUGGGAACCUUUCCUGCCUCUGAUGCUAAGAGAGAGUGAAUAGAGAAAAGCCCCCCUUCCCUAGGUACUAGUGCUCUGGCUGAUGAUACCCAGAGAGUUAAAGAGCAAGAUAGGCGAGGUGUCGCAGCUGACAUGAGGGUGGGCUAUGGGGGGUAUUUACAGGGAACUGUCAUUCCAUGUUCCUGGUCCGGAUGAGCCUGUCAACAUGAGAUGACAAUCAAGACAGCUGUAGACCGUUCUAGUUAGUAGCCCAGCUGUCUUGACAGUCGUAGGAAAAGGCCCAAAUCCUGGGUCAGGAUUCAGGCUUUCCCCUGACUUUGCUUUACUCAGGACAAGAUCUCAUUAAAAGCAGCCUUGCCCCAGGUUAAGCUAGAUUAACCCUUCAUGGUGUUUAACUGCUGCAGGGCUGAUCCAACUUCAUAUAGACCUAAAUUGUGAGUAUAAAUGAGCCCUUGCACCAUGACUGUCUCACUCUGUACUUACACAACUGCCAAGGACUUUCUGUGGUUUUCCCAACAACACUUGGGUCUCUUUUUUUACAUGCAAAGCAUACAUUCUACCAUUGAGCUCAAGUCCUUCCCAGAAGCUCCACAGAAAAAGAGUUUACCUGGAUCACCUGUUAUUUAAAGCUAUGAAAUAAUAAAAACUUAUUUUGAAUUCAUGGGAAAUACAGUUCUUUUGCAGGCUAAAACUAGAGCAACACUUGUUCUGUGUUUCAGUUUCAUUGUGCAAAUGCCAAUUACCAUUUUGAGAGAGUUAAAAUCACAUUGGAUGACACUUAGAUGAUCGUAUCUGCAUUAUAUUUGCAUAAAACAUCAAAACGUGAAAGGGGAGGGCAUUUGUAUCUGACUUAGAUGUUACAAGUUUCCUCAAAACACUAUUCACCGUUCACUCAUUUCAUUUUUUCAUACUUGUGGAUUAAAACUCUCUGAUUUAGCAGCCUAUUUUUAUCUCUCCCUCUCUAGAUAUAUCCAUAUGAGCUGCUUCUAGUGACAACAAGGGGGAGGAACCGUUUGCCCAAAGAUGCGGACAGAACUCGGUUAGAGCGUCACCUGUCACCCGAGGAAUUUUACCAGGUGUUUGGCAUGACCAUUGCCGAAUUUGAUCGCCUGGCCUUGUGGAAGAGGAAUGAGCUGAAGAAGCAGGCACGGCUAUUUUAGAAGCAGUGCUUUAUAAAUAAAGAUAUAUAUACAUAUAUAUAUGUAUACAUACCUAUAAAUAUAUGCAUAUAUAUAGUUAUAUGUAAUAUAUAUCUAUAUAUAUAGAAAGAUCUCUAUAUUGAAAUGCUGUAUAACUCUUUUUGUUGUACAGUAGAACCCUUGGCUGCUCUCUUCGAAAGCCUGUAGACUGAACUGAAAUCUCAUGAAUAUUUUUAUGCCCUUUGUUUCUCUUAUUCAUUUUUUAAAAUGUAACUGUUAUUUAGGGGAAGUUUUCAAGUCGGGGGAGGAGGCGGGAUCCUGUUUUUAUAUGGGACGAUCAUUUUCUUACAUGAAUGUCAGGUAAUCUUGGGCAUUAUCGUAUCUCGUCUAUCCGUUUCCUACAUCCAAGUCCAUCCCAAGGGAGGUAAAAUGGCAGUGGUAACGGGGCACAUUACUUACAAGGAACUAAAUUUGUUUCUGAAGCCCAAAUGUAAUGUAAGGCCAUCGGAAGUACUUUGCUGGAUCAAGCUAGGGGUUCAUCUCAUCCAGCCUCUUGUUGCAACAUGUUUCUCCACUGCUUGAUUCCCAUUACUCUGCCUUAGCCAUAUCCAGGGUUAUGUACACAUUGUGCUGCUUCAUUCUACACCAAGAAUGCAAUAUAUUCUACACCAAGAAGGAAAACAUAAUUUUAGGAAUUGUAUGUAUUAAACAUGUUUGCAUAUAGGAAUAGAAGAAGAAUCCUCUUGGUUUCCUACUGCGAUCAUCUAGAUGCCUUUGGAAGUUCAUGAAAUACAUUUGGCGGUGUUGAUCACCCUCAUGGUUUGUCUGCAAUACCUAGUAAUCAAGCACAGCUCCCCCUGUGCAUCAAAGCUGAAUUUUGUACCAUUGCUAAGGUCUACUUGAUAGACCUUUCCGCCAUGAAUACAGAGUAAAUGAGUUGACUUACUUUCUUCUAGUUCCGGAAGUAUGCAGAUUGCCUUCCCCCAGCCCAGUUCUCCUUAAGACACCUACCAGACUCUGUGUUCUCAAAAAUACCAAAUUCUGUAUAUUUUCUGUACUUGCACAUGUUGGUGGAAUGUACACAGCCUGGCUAUUGCCUAGAAGGACCAUCAAUGAAUGCACCCUAGAAGGACCAUCCAUUAAUGCACUUAAAAAAAAAAGGUCUUUUUUUCACUCCUCCAGCUUCACCCUCCCAUCGGCAAAUAAUGGGAGAAUCAGCCAAUUAAACCAGUAAACACUGCCAUGGGAGACCUUAAUCUUGCAACCUGAAGAUCAACACUAUUUAUUUUUAUGUUUAGAUAUAGCUAGAAAUAGCCGACAUCCCUGUUGCAUUUCCAAAGGAAACAGACAUAACUCUCUCUGUCUGUCUCUGUCUCUCUCUCUCUCUCUCUCUAUUGUGUCUUUUAAAUAAACAUUGUCUCUUGUUGUUAAGAAGAGAUGAAACUAUACCCAGGCAAAUGUGAUAUUGGAGGCAUUGCAGCUGAGCUAUAAAGGUUUUUGUAGAACCUAUGUCUUUUCUAAAGAAGUGGACUUGGGUCGAAAAGGAAAGGAGGUGAGCUUGGACAAAUGCUGUUGUAUGCUGGAACAUCUUACUCAUAUUUGCAGUACUUAGUAUGGAUUUUAUUGGCCUUUUCUGGAAAUUAGCAAUGCCUCCAAUACCAGAUAAAACCCAUAUGAUAGCCUUUUAAAUGAAGAAAUGUAUAUGGAAUGUCUUUAUCUCUGUGGGAAAUUGUAGGUUUGUUCUGCUUUCUUAAAAAAGUUUUCUUAUCUAAAUACAUUGUUUGAACAAAAA